AUGACUGUGGCUGGGGGAAGGAGAGGGCUGGUGGCUCCUCAGAACACCUUUCUGGAGAACAUUGUGCGGAGAUCUAAUGAUACUAAUUUUGUCUUGGGUAAUGCCCAGAUAGUGGAUUGGCCCAUUGUAUACAGCAAUGAUGGAUUUUGCAAGCUAUCAGGAUAUCACAGAGCAGAAGUUAUGCAAAAAAGCAGCACCUGCAGUUUUAUGUAUGGGGAGCUGACAGACAAAGACACAAUUGACAAGGUGCGACAAACGUUUGAGAACUACGAAAUGAAUUCCUUUGAAAUCUUGAUGUACAAAAAGAACAGGACACCUGUCUGGUUCUUUGUGAAAAUUGCUCCGAUUCGAAAUGAACAGGAUAAAGUGGUUUUAUUUCUUUGCACUUUCAGCGACAUAACAGCUUUCAAACAGCCCAUUGAGGAUGAUUCGUGUAAAGGCUGGGGGAAGUUUGCUCGCUUGACACGAGCCCUCACAAGCAGCCGGGGCGUCUUGCAGCAGCUUGCUCCAAGCGUGCAGAAAGGAGAGAACGUUCACAAGCAUUCUCGACUUGCCGAGGUACUGCAGCUGGGCUCUGAAAUCCUUCCACAGUACAAACAAGAGGCACCAAAGACUCCACCACAUAUCAUUUUACAUUAUUGUGUUUUCAAGACCACCUGGGACUGGAUCAUCCUGAUUUUAACCUUCUACACUGCUAUUCUGGUCCCUUACAAUGUCUCCUUUAAAACCAAACAGAACAACGUGGCCUGGCUGGUAGUAGAUAGUAUUGUAGAUGUCAUUUUUUUAGUAGACAUUGUGCUUAAUUUCCAUACCACUUUUGUCGGGCCGGCUGGAGAGGUGAUCUCAGACCCAAAGCUGAUCCGCAUGAAUUACUUGAAGACCUGGUUUGUGAUUGAUCUGCUUUCAUGCUUGCCAUACGACGUCAUCAAUGCAUUUGAGAAUGUCGAUGAGGUUAGUAUACCAGGCUCAUUUCCAGGGCUUUAUUUUUUUUCUUUUAAUAUUCCUGGGACGUUAGAGGGAAAGCAGCAAAGAGGAAUCAGUAGCCUGUUCAGUUCACUGAAAGUCGUCCGACUUCUUCGGCUGGGUCGUGUGGCUCGGAAGUUGGAUCAUUACAUUGAGUAUGGAGCAGCUGUCUUGGUUCUGCUGGUGUGUGUGUUUGGUCUGGCAGCUCACUGGUUGGCUUGCAUUUGGUACAGCAUUGGAGAUUAUGAAGUUAUCAAUGAGGAUACAAACACAAUCCGAACGGAGAGUUGGCUCUACCAGCUGGGGGAGUCCAUAGGAACGCCUUAUCGGUUUAACACGACGGGUUCGGGGAAAUGGGAAGGGGGGCCAAGCAAGGAUUCUGUUUAUAUCUCCUCGUUGUACUUCACAAUGACUAGCCUCACCAGUGUUGGAUUUGGGAACAUUGCCCCCACUACAGAUGGAGAGAAGAUCUUUGCAGUUGCUAUGAUGAUGAUUGGCUCACUUCUGUAUGCAACCAUUUUUGGUAAUGUGACAACCAUCUUUCAGCAAAUGUAUGCUAACACAAACCGGUACCAUGAAAUGCUGAACAGCGUCCGGGACUUCCUUAAACUCUACCAAGUGCCCAAAGGUCUGAGCGAACGUGUGAUGGACUAUAUCGUUUCCACUUGGUCAAUGUCCAGGGGGAUAGAUACUGAAAAGGUUUUACAGAUCUGCCCUAAGGAUAUGCGAGCAGACAUCUGUGUGCAUCUGAACCGCAAAGUUUUCAAGGAGCACCCAGCAUUCAGACUGGCUAGCGAUGGGUGCCUUCGAGCCCUGGCCAUGGAAUUUCAGACUGUACACUGUGCCCCCGGGGAUCUGAUCUACCAUGCUGGCGAGAGUGUGGACAGCCUUUGCUUUGUGGUUUCAGGGUCUUUGGAAGUAAUCCAGGACGAUGAAGUUGUUGCUAUUUUGGGCAAAGGAGAUGUUUUUGGCGAUGUGUUCUGGAAAGAAGCUACCCUUGCUCAGUCCUGUGCUAAUGUAAGAGCCUUGACUUACUGUGACCUUCAUGUGAUUAAAAGGGAUGCCUUACAGAAAGUGCUGGAGUUCUAUACAGCUUUUUCUCACUCCUUCUCCAGGAACCUCAUCUUAACCUACAACUUGAGAAAAAGGAUUGUGUUCCGGAAGAUCAGUGAUGUCAAACGUGAAGAAGAAGAGAGGAUGAAAAGGAAGAAUGAAGCGCCUCUGAUUCUACCACCAGACCACCCGGUCCGUCGGCUGUUUCAAAGAUUCAGGCAACAGAAAGAAGCUCGGCUAGCGGCAGAAAGGGGGAGGGAUCCAGAUGACCUGGAUGUGGAAAAGGGCAACAUUCUUGCAGAGCACUCUCACACUAUUGUGAAAGCUAGUAUCGUAACGGUCAGGGAGAGCCCUGCAACCCCUGGUUCGUACCAGUCUGCUUCAACAUCCGGUGUGCCUGAUCAUGCCAAAUUGCAGGCCCCUACGUCAGACUAUGCAGGGUGCAAAGUGUCCGGUGACUACCCAAGACGCAAAGGCUGGGCCAAAUUCAAAGAUGCUUGCGGAAAGGGGGAAGACUGGAACAAAGUAUCCAAAGCAGAAUCCAUGGAGACUUUACCAGAAAGAACUAAAACUUCAGGAGAGACUACACUGAAGAAGACAGACUCUUGUGACAGUGGCAUUACAAAAAGUGACUUGCGCUUGGAUAAUGUUGGGGAGACAAGGAGCCCUCAGGACCGAAGUCCUGUCCUUGCAGAGGUCAAGCAUUCUUUUUACCCUAUCCCAGAACAGACUCUUCAGGCUACCAUGCUGGAAGUAAAACAUGAGCUGAAAGAGGACAUCAAGGCUUUAAACACAAAAAUGAGCAGUAUAGAAAAACAGCUUGCGGAGAUACUAAGGAUAUUAACCUCAAGAAGAAGCUCUCAGUCACCAGAGGAGCUGUUUGAAAUAUCAAGGCCUCAGUCUCCAGAAUCAGAAAAGGACAUUUUUGGAGCAAGCUGA